AUGAAAAGCCAUGUAAUUGAAAAAUACAGACACGCAAUGCUGUUAAAAAUCAGCUCAGUUACUUUCUAAUAGAGAGAUGCUUUUAGAAUCUUUCUCACAAGAUCCUCAAUGAACUUCUCGAGAUCUUUUUGUUCUGUAAUUAUCUGAACUAGUUCUAAUGUAUAUAUAUAAAUCCGCCAAGUCAUUCGCUUCGCGCUCUGUGCGAAUUGAAAAAUGCUGUGCGAGUAAAACCUUGGUGGUCGUCUAAUUUCAGAUUAAAGUACCUUUGAAAGUGAACUUCUCGGCCAGGCCCAAGGACGUUUCGGUGACGAUCAUGAAGAAACGGUUGACCUGCGGCAUCAAGGGUCAGCCGCCGAUCAUCGACGGUGAUUUUCCACACGAAGUCAAAGUCGAGGAAUCCACGUGGGUGAUCGAGGAUGGAAAAAUGUUGUUGAUCAACCUGGAGAAGGUGAACAAAAUGCAAUGGUGGGCGCACGUGGUGACCUCUGACCUUGAGAUCAGCACGAAAAAAGUGAACCCUGAGCCUAGCAAACUCUCGGAUCUCGACGGUGAGACUAGAGGUCUGGUGGAGAAGAUGAUGUACGACCAGAGACAGAAGGAGCUAGGCCUGCCAACGUCCGACGAGCAGAAGAAGCAGGACGUGAUCAAAAAGUACGAAAUGGUCGUAAAUUCACCGCCAAGAUGUUCGUAACUAACGAAUUCACAUGUCGUAAAUUUUGUCCCGCAGAUUCAUGGAACAGCAUCCCGAGAUGGAUUUCUCCAAGUGCAAGUUCAACUGA